AUGACCAGAAUCAAGAGCAUCACCUUACUUUUUAGCUGCGCCAUGCUUCUAUCUGGUGCGCAACCCCUUGCCGCCACACCGAAAUAUUUCAUUACAUUCGGAGACUCCUAUUCCCAGACUGGUUUCGACAUCAACGGCACCAAACCGAACGAUGCAAAUCCUCUAGGCAACCCUAACCUUCCAGGAUGGACGACAAGCGGAGGGCUUAACUGGAUCGGAUUUCUUAUUAGCGAGUCAAACGCGAGCACUGUAUAUUCUUACAAUCUAGCGAGCGGUGGUGCCACGACUGACGCGGAGCUGGUCGCUCCCUGGUCCCCCGAAGUUCUCAGUUUCAUCGACCAGACUUCCUUGUUCUCGCAAACUUUGGCCCCGAAGCCUACAUGGGCACCUUGGACCGCAGAAAACACACUUGCUGGCGUUUGGAUGGGUGUUAACGAUGUGGGAAACACUUUUUGGCUGGAGGACAGAGAGGCACUCAUAACCAAGGUGCUGGGACGAUACUUUGAGCAGCUGCAAAUUCUUUAUGAUUCUGGAGUUCGAAACUUUCUUCUCCUAGGUGUUCCUCCAACUGAAAAGUCACCGCUCAUGCUUGAAAAUGGCGCAGAGUCGAACCAGAUGCUUGCCGCCACCAUCGAACAAUACAAUGGCCUUAUCAGCUCAAGCAUGGAAGCAUUCAAGGCCAAGAAUUCCGGCGUAACAUCCUGGAUUGUCGACACGGCUCCGGCUUUCAACGAGGCCAUCGAUAACCCUACCCGCUACGGGGCGCCGAACGCCACUUGCUUCAAUGAAGAUGGCACGAGCUGCCUUUGGUUCAAUAACUACCACCCUAGUAUUGCAAUUCACAAGCUUGUGGCGGCCGAGGUUGCUGAGGCGGUUGGCUUGCCUUGGUUCUCAUGA